AUGCCCCCAAACAACAUCGUGCUGUUCACUUACGACGCGUCCGUCUAUGGACGGAAGAUUGAGUGGUACCUGAACCUACGAGGGAUCAAGUAUGCCAAAUGCAUCACAGCUCCAUACUUACCCCGAGAGCAGCUCCAAGAGCUUGGUAUAAGGUACCGGCGAAUUCCAUGGCUGGCCAUUGGUCGAGAUGUAUACUGCGAUACGAGAAUCAUAAUUGAGAAGCUGGAGCAGUUGAUUCCAGAGAACCGCCUGGCUUCAAAGGACCCUUUCAUGCGUGGUGUCGAGUACCUGCUUGAGUCGUGGGUCAACGAAGGAGGACCAUUCUGGCGAACGAGUCAGAUGAUCCCUGCGGCGCUUUUGCAGGAUGACAAGUUCCUCGAAGACCGGACUGAGAUGAUCGGGGUGCCCUUCAGCAGAGAGGGUCUUGGUGCGAUGAGACCGGAGGCCUUGGUUCAUUCUCGUAUUUUCCUGGAUGCAGUUGAGAACCGUUUCCUUGCAGAUGGCCGACAAUUCAUGUCCGGAAAGGACAAGCCUGAUUUGACCGAUAUCCACACGGCUUGGGUUUGGGACUGGAUGUUUGGUAUGUCGAAGAUACUGCCUGAUAUCGCUGCGAAGGAGGGCAUUACCAAAGAGAACUAUCCAAGGGCAUUUUCAUGGACCGCACGCCACCGCGAAUCCUGCGAGGCAGUGACGGAGAGAAAUGGCAAGCCUGAGAUUCUGAGCAAUGAAGACGCAUACGCCCGCGUGCUGGGAUCGAAUACUUUCGAGGACAUCAAAGGUGUCGACAAAUACGAUCCAUUGGGGUUGUCGCAGGGUCAGCUGAUCGAGUGCUGGCCAACUGACUCGGGGCAAAAUCACCACGACAAAGGAAAACUUGUGGCUUUACACCUCAAAGAACUCGUCAUCGAGUCAGAAGUGCCUGGAGGCAAGGGGCACCUGCAUCUGCAUUUUCCACGUGGAAAUUUCAGACUGAAGGCGAUUCAGGAUUCGAAGAUAUGA